CGCCGCCCCCAACAAUACAGCGAGCAGCCCCAGCACGGGCGACGAGAAAUCACCGAAUCAAAUUCCAUCAGGCUAAAUCCAACAAUCACAACUUCUCACUCGCAUCCAUCCCAACUACCCCACCUCCGCCGCACCAAUUUUUUCCUUUUCCCAAAGUGCCCCUCUCCAUAAUUGCUAUUCCGCUAUCGCAAUCGCAACUUCUACUAGCACCAAAGGAGUAAAAUAUAUAACCACAACCCCAAAAAUGGUGAGGACACAUAUCGAAACGGUCAGAACAGGCAAACUCCCCAAGCACAUCACCGAAAUCGGCAUGAGCGCCGAGCAGUACUAUCAUCUAAAAGUCUACAUCAAGGGAAUCAUUCUUCCCGGAACUCCCGCUUUUGAUUCUAAUCCCUUCGAUAGCAAGGACAUUAUAUAUCGUCAGUGGCUCAAGAUCGCUCUUGAGAAGAUUGGGCCGAAAUUUUUCCAGAAGGGCCAGAAUAAGCUAGUUUGGCCUGAGGAUUCUUAUGGGUAAGUUUUUUUUCUUUUACUUACUCUAUUUUACCUUAUUCUAUUCCAUUCGGUUCUUCGGUUUUCCAGAGGAGAGCCUGAUAUGCUAACGUUGGCAUAAAAUGACAGGAUUUCAAAUGCUGUUCAUCAAGUUGUCCGAAACUUUAGCUUCAAGAUUAAGAAAAAGUAUAAGACGGCGGGGUUAAGGGCUCCUAGGAGCAGAGCAGAGGGGGGUAAGGCGGAGAUGGCCCAGGACGGUAAACAUGGUGAAGGUGGGGGUUCAGAUACUGACGUAGCGGAAGAUGCUACAAGGGCCGAUACUGACGUAGCGGAAGAUGCUACAAGGGCCGAUCAGGAAGUUGGGUUGGAGAUGGACACAGCGGAUAUCGAGUUUAAAUACUUGCUUAGCUUGAUGAAGGUAUGUAGUCAACCCUCCUCCUGACGUGAUACUCCGUAUUCGUGAAAGCUAACAACUGUUUAAUAUAGCCCGAGGCGUUUACUCAGUUCCCAGACUUAGAUGAUGAAUGCUUCAACUGGGAUGAAGUUGAGGAUUCAAAUACUCAAGAUUCAGUGCGACAUCUGGCCAACUUGGACCAGUGAGAUCUGUUGCUCUAGAGGGCUGAGGAGAAGCUCUGGGCAGAAAUUGGUGGUCUUUUCCAAAUGCUUGACUAACUUAUCGACACUUUUCUAACUUCAUCCGACGCCUCAGACAGCGAUUCACAUUGCUCUGCUUGCUGCUCCCCCACAAGGGACAGGAGGAUAGGCGUGUCCCCAUUGCUCUAGUCUCAUUCUUUUAGGUCCUUACCAUGCUAUAAUUGAUUUUAUUCACCACACUCUCUAUCGAUGUUUCUAGUUGAUUUUUAUGUUCCCACCUCCCUUUACGCUACCCCACGGUUUCCUAACAUAUCUGUUACCCCAAUACUACCGCCGCUCCCUUUCCUCUUUUCUUUUCCCUAUCAUAACGAGAGACCCGCUUCAAGCAUACGUUAACUAAAAAAUAAAAUAAAAAAAGGUGCCAA